AUGGCUUUUCCGUCUCGCUCCCUGACGCUCGUGGCCGUUUUCCUCGCGGCCGCCGCUCUCCUCGCCGCUCUUCCUUCCGCGAGCGCCGCGGGAGUGAAUUACAGCAAGAGCGGGCUCGACUGGGAGGUGUGUGAGUCGCCGCCUAGACCCGUGUGGGUGGGUGGUGUGAGAGCAUGGGAAGGGUUGAAAGGUGGCGUGUGCGAGUCGGGCGAGCGCCAGUCGCCCAUCAACAUCGUGAUGGAUGAGGCAACCACGGUGGACGCACCGGAGAAGUUUGCCCUGGAAUAUGACUCCGCGCCCACUUCUGCCACAGUCGGCAACAAGGGCUACACCGUCCAGGUGGUUCCCAACCCCAACCACACCUACAAGCUGCACAUCGCCAGUGGAACCUACGAGUUGAAGCAGGUGCACGUGCACGCCUUCUCAGAGCAUGCCAUUAACGGGCUCUUCGCGCCCAUGGAGGCGCACUUUGUGCACGCCCACACCGACGACCCCUCCAAGCUCGCUGUCGUGGGGAUCAUGCUCCGUCUGCAGCGCGAUGAUCAUACGAGCGAUUGGGUUCACUCCUGGUUGGGCAAGACCCUCUCGGAGGUGAAUGGGACAGCCACCAUUGACGUUCCCAAGAACUUCUGGAGGGAGAUGGUGGAUGUGUCCAUGGGGUUCUGGCGCUACCCCGGCUCGCUCACCACGCCGGGCUGCGAUGAGAUUGUUGAGUGGCACGUGCUGCGCAAGGCCCAGUUCCUCUCCGUUGCUCAGGGUGCGUGCCAAACGUCGCGCGCGCAAUCGCCGAUUAACAUCGAGCCGUCGAUGGCGGUGAAAGGCAAGGACCUGCGCUUCCUCAACAUCAGCUACGCCCUCAGCAAAUCGCUCACCGUUUCUAACUUCGGCUUCACAGGAGGGGUGCAACCGCAAGCCGGCACGGAGAAUUUUAUGUACACGUCAACGGGCAAGUUUCGUCUGCUCGGCAUUCUGCUGCGCGCCUCGUCGGAGCACACCAUCCUCGGCGCGCCCGCGCCGCUCGAGGCGCACUUCGUGCACGAAAACGUCGCCAACCCCGCGAAGGGCGCAAUCAUUUCUGUGAUGAUCGUGAUUCACAAGAACAACGUCCGAAACCCGUGGCUCGACAAGUGGCUGCCGUACAUUCCCAAGGCGGUGAACACGUCAGUGUCCGUGCCCGCAACGACCAACUUCAAGGAGGCGUUGAACGUCAAGUACGGCUUCUGGUAUUACCGCGGCUCCACCACGUACCCGCCCUGCGCGCCCAACAUCGAGUGGUUCAUCCUCAAGCGCGGCCUCUACGGCUCCGUCGAGCAGAUCGAGGGGUACAUGAACCUGCUCGCCGCAUCCAGCGGUCAGCGCACCAACAACCGUCUCCCUAGGCCAAUCAACGGCCGUACUAUCAUCUCGUACCCCAAGCAGCGCAAACCGAAACGGUUGUAG